AAUUUUAAUUCCAAUUAAUUAAAGCUCUUAAAAGCUUGAUUUGAUAUCUAAAAUAAAGACUAAAACCCCAUCACCCUCUUAAAAAAAUUGUUUUGCUUUUUUUUUUGGGUUUCUUUUCGAGGGUCUUGACUCAAACUUCUCCUUUUGGCAAUGCCAAAGUUGCACUUCCUCUUUUCCUUGAAAAACCAUCGUCUAAAAAUGCAGUCAUGAAAUACCCUCUUCUUCAUAUCUCAACUCUUCUCGACAAAAAGACCAAAACUUUUCCUCAGCUACUCAAAAAAUCCAUUUCUCUCUAAGCUUCUUUUUUUUUUUCGACUACCCAAUGGGGGGAUUAAUCGAUCUGAACACAACGGAAGACGAUGAAACGCCGUCAUAUGGUUCUUUAUCUCCAUCUUCGUCCUCAACUUCGGUGUUAAGUGCUUCUGGGAUAAGUGCACCUGGUUCCGCUUCUAGUUCUUCAGUUUGUUUAGAGCUUUGGCAUGCUUGUGCUGGACCACUUAUAUCUUUGCCGAAGAGAGGAAGUGUAGUGGUGUACUUCCCUCAGGGCCACUUGGAACAAGUUUCCGAUUUUUCCGGCGUUGCUGCAGCUUAUGAUCUCCCUCCCCACGUGUUUUGUCGGGUUGUUGAUGUCAAACUACAUGCAGAGGCUGCAACAGACGAGGUUUACGCUCAAGUUUCACUGGUUCCUGAAAGUGAGCAAACUGAGCAGAAGUUGCGGGAAGGGAAGAUAGAAGCCGGUGGUGAAGAGGAGGAUGUCGAAGCAGAUAUCAAGUCAACGACGCCCCACAUGUUCUGCAAGACCCUUACGGCUUCUGAUACCAGUACACAUGGAGGCUUCUCUGUUCCGCGUCGAGCUGCUGAGGACUGCUUCCCGCCCUUGGAUUAUAAUCAGCAGAGGCCCUCACAAGAGCUUGUUGCAAAAGACCUUCAUGGCUUGGAAUGGAGGUUUCGACACAUUUAUAGGGGGCAACCUCGGAGACAUUUGCUCACUACUGGAUGGAGUGCUUUUGUAAACAAGAAGAAGCUUGUCUCUGGAGAUGCUGUGCUCUUUCUUAGGGGUGAGGAUGGAGAACUAAGGCUGGGUAUUCGAAGAGCUGCUCAAAUUAAAAAUGGCACAUCUUUUCCAUCUUUGUGCAGCCAGCAGUUGAACCGCAGCAAUUUUGCAGAUGUAGUCCAUGCUAUAUCUAUGAAAAGUGUUUUUAGCAUUUACUACAAUCCAAGCAGAGCCAGUUCAUCAGAGUUCAUAAUACCAGUGCAUAAAUUCUGGAAGAGUCUUGAUCAUUCUUUUGCUGUUGGAAUGAGGUUCAAAAUGCGUUUUGAAACUGAAGAUGCAGCAGAACGAAGAUACACAGGACUCGUAACUGGAAUCAGUGAUAUGGAUCCUGUUAGAUGGCCUGGUUCAAAAUGGAGAUGCCUGCUGGUAAGGUGGGAUGAUAUCGAUGCUAAUAGGCAUAGCAGGGUUUCUCCCUGGGAAAUUGAGCUGUCUGGUACAAUUUCUAGUUCUAACAACUUGCUUACACCUGGUGUGAAAAGGAACAGGAUUGGAUUGCCUUCAGGAAAACCAGAAUUUAUGGUUCCUGAUGGAAUUGGAGCAUCUGACUUUGGGGAACCUUUGCGGUUCCAGAAGGUCUUGCAAGGUCAAGAAAUCUUGGGUUUUAACACUCUUUAUGAUGGUGCUGAUGGUCAGAAUCUGCAUCGGUCUGAAAUAAGGCGGUGCUUUCCUGGUUCCAAUGGUUCUGGUAUUGUUGCAAUAGGAAAUGUUGGUAGAGACCCACUGGGGAAUUCCGAAAUUUCCUAUAGAGGUGUAGGCUUUGGGGAAUCUUUCCGAUUCCAUAAGGUCUUGCAAGGUCAAGAAAUUUAUGUAAGCCCUCCAUAUAUUAGAGGUCCAACUACAAAUGAUACUCAAGAAAAUGAUGGUCUUGGAGUCCGAGAUGCUGGUCAGUUUUCGGGAACAAGAAGUGGAUGGUCUUCCUUGAUGCAGAGCUAUAAUACUCAUAGUCAUAUACGGCCAUCUGCACCAUCUGCACAAGUGUCUUCACCAUCUUCGGUGUUAAUGUUCCAGCAAGCAAGCAAUCCAAUUCCAAACAUCAAUCCUAUUUAUAGCGUCAAUAACCAGGAAAAGGAGCAGGGAGUUGACAACCGGAGUUCUUUUCGUGCACCUGAAAUGUAUGGGGGAAAGUUAUUGCAAUCUUCAACUGGUGAAUGCAGUUCCCGUGGGAGGCAUCAUGGAACCUUUGACUCGUUUGGCCACUCAAAUGAUUCUGUUCAACUUGGUGACUCACAACCUCUUGCAGCUCAACCAACAUUUAGGACUAGUCAAGAUAUAGCUUCCUCGUGUAAAAGUAGCUGCAGACUUUUUGGAUUCUCCUUGACUGAGGGAAGUCAGGAUGCUAAUAAGGAGGACAACAUGGUGAAAGCGACCUUAUCAUUGGGUCCUGGAGCUUUUUUACCUUGUAUUGGCGAGCAGUUUCACCCAAAGCCUCCAGCAGUGACAAACACAGUGGGAAGCAAUUGUACCAAAGUAAGCAACCUCUAUGCUGUCAGAGAUUUGCUUUUUGAUAUUGCAUUAUAGUGUAGUCAUGAACUAGAGAGUGCAGUUCCACAAAUAAGGAGUUUUGUAGACAGGGUUUUGGAUCCCUAGAGCCUGAUGAAUAUGUUGUGAUUGGAAAGUUGAAACUUUUAUUAGGGCUGCUUACUUGGGUGGAAAAAGGAUGAAAAGUUUUUACAAUGAUAGGGGUGAUUCAUCAUAUGGUUGUUUGUGGAGAUUAACAACUGAAGUUUUAAUUUUCUAUUAUGAACAAUGAUACUUUGUUUUGGGACCGUUAUAGUCAACCUUGGAAGUACUUAUUCUAGAAUGCCUUGACGAUGCCUGGAGAAUUUGGAGAGUAGUUGGCUUGAAAAUGUCGCAAUUUUGUGGUAUGCAAUCUGAUUUGAAGUGCUUCACAGUGCAUCCAAGGAAUGUUUUCCAUGAUCAUGGCCUACAUUCAGGGUGUGAUUGUUAUUGAAAAUGACUAUGUUUCGAGUUUCAACCUUUUAAAAUUAAUCUGAUAUCAAUAGUUGUUGACAUUGUUCUUUACAGGGAAUUCUGCAACGUUGUCUCAAAAAUUACAUAUACUGAUGAAGAUGCUUACAGAAGCAGCUGAUAUUGGGCAAGAAGAUGCCUACAGUUGCUUUAGUUGCAUGUGUGUUUUGAUUGGCAAGAAUUUAGCAUUAUGACUAAAAAUUGAAAAAUUGUAAUUACUUUAAUGAAUUGACUUGAUUGUAAUUGCCUCAUGGCCAUGAUAAGAACACCUUGUAUUAACCCUUGUGAUGGUCUUCUAUUCAAACCUAAUGCAGUCGGCUGAUAUGAACA